GUGUGGCCAUUAUGCUGUAAUGUCAUCACCAAUUUCAUCCAAGGGUUGCAUUCUGUCCAUGUUCAAAUUGGUGAAUUUGCAUCCAUAGGAUGAGAUGGGGAGAGUUCCUGUCAUUAUAUAUUGGAUGUGGCGCUAGAGGAAGGACUACGCUAGAAAGUAGCAAGAAGGCCUGGAAAUUAAAUUGGCAAAAGGGAGAGUAAAUGGCUUCCUCCAUGAUCUCAUCGGCGGCGGUCGCCGCUGUUAACCGCACCAACCCCGCCCAAGCUGCCAUGGUUGCGCCAUUCAGUGGCCUCAAGUCAACCUCCGCCUUCCCAGUUACCAAGAAACUCCACAACGACUUGACUUCUCUCCCUUCCAACGGUGGAAGAGUGCAAUGUAUGCUGGUAUGGCCAACAGUUGGGUUGAAGAAGUUUGAGACACUUUCUUAUCUUCCACCUAUGACCCAAGAAGCCUUAGCUAGAGAAAUUGAUUAUCUUCUGCGCAGUGGAUGGAUUCCUUGCUUGGAAUUUGAGUUGCAGCACGGUUUUGUGUUCCGUGAGCACAACAAGUCGCCGGGGUACUAUGACGGGCGGUAUUGGACAAUGUGGAAGCUGCCCAUGUAUGGGUGCACAGACUCAUCUCAAGUGUUGAAGGAGCUGGAGGAGGCCAAGAAGGCUCACCCCAAUGGCUUCAUCCGCAUCAUUGGAUUCGACAAUAAGCGUCAAGUGCAGUGCAUCAGUUUCAUUGCCUACAAACCCCCUGGCUUCUAAAUUGCUUAUCAAGUCACUUAUUAAAUUACUGCUCUCUUUUAGGGAGGAGCAGUCUAUUUAAUGUACUUCGUCAGUUUUUGUUUGAAUCCUUUUUUCAGACAAUUUUUAUCCCUUUUGGGUGGUUUUUCAAUUGGGUCGCCAAUGGAAUGGAUGAGAAACCUUGAAUAAUGUGAUUCUGAUUUAUUUUA